AUGGUGUGCAAUGGGAGGAGGGUAGAAAACAAUGGGACUUGCUUAACCUUCAUUCAAGAAACGCGAGGGAACUGUGCCCGGAGGAAGGUCAGGCACUUACGGCGCGGACGGGGGCGGAAGGCGUCCCGGCGCGGCUGGGGCACCAGGCCGGGUGGCUGCCGCGAGGAGAACGCCGCCGCCGAGGUGCGCGUUCGGCGCAGCCCGCCUCCGCGAGGCCCUAGCGACCGCGCCGGCGUCUGUUGCGUCCUAGCAACCCGCCGCGCCCUCCUCUCCGCCCGGGGCUCCUCCAGCCCGCCCGCCCGCCGUCCCGCACCCGCCCGCGUCCGUCCCGCUCCUGCCCGCACGGCGCUUGCGCCCGUGGAGCCGCGCCGGACAGCGUCAGGCGCCCUGCGGUCACCGCCUUCCGAGAGCCGGAUCCAGGGACUGGAGCGGCGAGAAACGAAUGAAGUCUCUACUAUCUGGGGAAAUGUUUCAGAAUUUGUGGAACGACAGCUAACCUUGCAUAAGGGGGUUCAGAUUCCAGGGCUUGGAACUUUCACAUUCACAAGACAAAAGCUUGAGGUGGGGAACAACAAGUUCAUUCUAAUCCAGAGGCCUGUGUUCAUCAUGACUGAGAAGUUAGUGCAGAUCCACGCGCUCAAGCAGAACAAAGUCUACUCUCCUGGUGACAUCCCAGUUAUUCCACUUAAUUUUGUCAUGAUAUCCCUGGACAGUCCAUUUUCCAGGGAUACGGUGGAAGGAUGUGUUAAGGAGACGUUGCUUUUUUUAUCGCGAUCCAUUGCCGUGAAAAAAAAUGUGGCAUUUACGUUUAAAGGAAUUGGGAUACUCCUGAUCAGAGACAGCAAAGUGAAGAUGAAAUUUUAUAAAGACUUCCUUUGUACUGUGGAUGCAAGUGGGACACUGAUGAAAGCCCUAGCCAACAGGCCCGGCACUGUGGACUCCGUGUUGUCUUCCAGAGAGGCCAUUGGGAAGCGGCCUGGCAGCAUACUUGCGUUCCCAAGGAUUGAGCACAAAGAUAUGGAUAACAAAGCACCCAUGGAGACCAUUGCAGAAGAAGGUGAAGGGAACAGACCCAGGAAAUAUAAGUCGAAAGGCCACUCAGAAAAAGAAGAAGGCGUCAGAGACAUCUCAUCACCCAAGAGACUUCAAGAUAGACAAGCCUCCCCUCCCAAAGUGACAAAUGUCAGCUUGCUGGACAAAGUGGAACAAAGUGGGAAUGGUGGGAAGAAUGCGAUCUCCGAGAGACUAUCACCUCCAGGUUGUCCGAAUAGUGACAACGAAGCAAAGCCAGCAGCGUCGCUAGCUCUUGUUUGCCGUGAUCAUAGUAAGGCAGGACAGGAAAUGUGCUAUGUGUGUUUGCAACGAGCACAACGGAAUUUCCCAUUGUACUACAGCGAGGAGAGGAGGAAGAGGGAGACCAAAGAUGAGCAGCUCCUGCAGCAGUAUCAGAUGUUGAAAGAUCAGGAGGCUUUCGUCAAGCACCAGAUGAACAUUUUGGCAGCUAGAGAACAGAAUCAGAAAAACGCUGCCUAUAAUCUUGGAGUUGCAGAAGCCAUAAGAAAUCACAAGCAUGAGAAGCCGGAAUUUUAUAAAUCUUUUCUAUUCUAUAAGCGGCCACUUAGUCCUGAGAUUAAUGCUCUUAGACAAGAGGAAUAUUCCCAAAGUCUCCUGAAACAAAUGGAAAACAGACGGGAAAAGGAAAUCACACAAAGACAAAACAGAGAGUUGAUGGACCGCCUAGAACAAGUGCAACUCACAGAGGAACUUGCUGCUCAAAGAGCCAAAUAUUUAAAAGAUAAGAUGGAAGAGACACAGUGUUACAAGAGAGCUUUGGAUGCCCAGAUAAAGAACAAACCCUUCCAGUUGCCCGUAUUUGAACCAGACUCGUGCGAACCUAUUUUCAUUAAUAAUGAGGAUGAGCUGAAGGUGGAAAGGCGAAAGCGAGAACAGAAUUACAUGAAGCACCAGCUGGAGACAGCGGCUAGCGGCAAGAGGAAAGCCAUCCUACAGCAGCUGAUGGAGCAGAAGCGGGAUCUGCAGAUGCUCCAGAGGACGAGGACAGAGCACUUGGCAGACAGAAGUGCGGAGUUGGCGCGCAUGAGAAGCAUGAACCAGAGUCUGCAGGAGGACUGGGAGAGGAGCGCCGCCAUGAAGAGGCGGCGGGACCUGGAGGAAAAGGCCUUUGAGCGGGCGUCUGACAAGCUGUUCCUCCUGGACCAGUGUGAGAAGUACCCGCGCUGCAGGCAGUGCCAGAAGCGCAUCUCCAACGUGGGUGAGAGCAACCUGUGGCCCAGCAACAAGUUUUUGCACGGCUCCCGGCUGCUUGUGUAAAGCUUGAAAUUCAGUCCUGCGAUUCACGGAGAACUUUCACAAACACCUUUUAAAUAUUUGGAGUAAUUAUGAAACUGCACAUUCACCUCAGAGGAAGAAACGUUAUUCAGGUUUGGUGCUUUGGCCAGGUUGCUUUAGUGACCUGUUGUUGGAUUAGUUUCUGUUCCUGUCUUCCCACCACCCUUACUUGUUCCUGUAACCAGCCUUUGGUGGCGGCGAAGGUAUCCGGAUAGUUCUGAGGACUAGAACCU